CGACGGAAGCCGAAGAGGGCCGCUUCCGGCCCCGGCGCCCGUUUCCAAGAUGGCUGAUCCAGCCUCAGUCGCACGGGGCGGUUCAAGAAGGGACGGCCAAAGACAGCAGACGGGAUGUUACGGACAGCGCUGAGCCGUGUGCCCACACUACUGCGUAUUGUGCGGACCCGGAAUCCCGGCCCGGGGCGGCUCUGGGAUUCGGGGGCUCGGCUGAGGACCGCGGAGAGACAGUGGGGCUGGGGCUGGCGGAGCGCAAGCUCCGCGGCGGGAUCCGGGCCUGGGGCGGCGCUGGGGCGCGUGGAGGCGGACCACUACCAGCUCGUCUACACCUGCAAGGUCUGUGGGACUCGGUCAUCCAAGCGCAUCUCAAAGCUGGCCUAUCACCAAGGAGUGGUCCUCGUUACCUGCCCUGGCUGCCAGAACCACCACAUCAUCGCCGACAACCUAGCCUGGUUUUCUGACCUGGAGGGGAAGAGGAACAUUGAAGAGAUCCUAGCAGCCAGAGGAGAGGAGGUACGCCGAGUGUCUGGUGAGGGUGCCAUGGAACUGAUUCUGGAGGCGGCUGAACCACCCGCCACCCCAGAAGAGGGGCCUGGAGCAGAAUGGACUGGAGCCGGUGCAGCUGAUGGCCCAAGUAUUGGAGUGGGUGGGGCUUCUCAGGAGGAGCUGACUUAGAGGAGGUUGUCUGGACGCUGCUGCGGUUCUGUGAGAAUGAACAUUGAUCUGGAAACUUAGCCUGAUGCAGAGGCGGAGUGCCGGCCCUGGCCAUUCCUGUGUCUGACCAAGCCCCACCACAUACAUGUUCCAGUUGGAAGACAGCUGGCCUGCAGAGUGAACCUACCACCCACCCUCUGUGCAGCCAGGCCUUGGGUAGGUGGCCCAGUUCAGCAGCACCCCAGCCUCAGCCCCAUCCCACAUAAUGAGGCCCAUGCAUGGGGAGCCCUACCCUGGUCUGUAGUGGGUAGCCAUCCCAGCACUGGCCUGGAAGUUCCAACCCCCA